AUGAUCAGCUCUGAAUUUACUCGAGUGUUUCUGUCUUUGAUUAUUUUUUCUUGCUUUGCACUGAGCCAUCCUUUAUCAGCAGACACUCUUCCGACUGCUUCUCCCGAUCCAUCAGCUGGGAGCGCGCAUAAGGCUGGUGAAUUUGUCUGUAUUGAUGAUACCAAGUUUAUGCAGUUUACCAGCCCGACGGCUUUUGUAGUCAUGUCUUGUCCACCUGGUUUUUGUUUCACUCGUAAGCCACCAAUCAAGAAUCCAUGUAUCGGUAAAGCUAAUGCCCAGCGUAUUGACGGCAUUUGA